GCAGAGCGGGCGCCUCGCCGUAGCGGCUCCGACUCAGUUCGCUCCGCAGGAAGUGCUUGCGAGCGAGGGCGCUCCUUUUAUUUCCCCCGGAAGAAAUUUCCAGUGCUCCUCGUGCGCAGGCCGGGUCGGAUGUUGCUGCCGUUGCGGCUGAGGGGAGCGGAGCGGGAAACGGGCCCGGCAGUUGCCUGACCUGAGAGAAGAAUUUGAAAGAAUUUGUGCCUGUGUGUGUCUUACCUUUCGAGCGGCCCCCGUUCUCCUUCUCGGCGGCGCCCGGACCGCGAAGGCGACGCGAAACGGGCUCGGAAGGGAAGGCCCUUCUUUCCCUGCCCCCUCCUUCCUUAAGUUCUUCUAAAACAAGCCUCUGUGCAGGCCAUAUAUGCUAGCAGAAUGUCUGGAGUUGAAGAUGCUGCUGCUGUGUUAUCUGAAGUGAACAUUGGUGAUUCAUGCAAGCCGUUAGGUGAGCACAGAGAAGCCAAUCCUGAUGCAAUCCCUAAAGAUAUUGUGGUCACUAUUGGAGCUACAGUGCCAACUGGCUUUGAACUAACUGCAGCGGAUGAAGUACAAGAGAAGCUAGCAUCAAAGUCUACAAUUAGCAAGGACCGAGGGAAAAUCUAUUUUGAAAUUCCCGUAAUCAGCCUUCCAAAGGUUCACCAGUUAAGAUCUGUGGACAACUUAUUUGUUGUUGUUCAAGAAUUCAAAGAUUAUCAAUUCAAGGAAACCAAGGAAGAAGCUCUAAAGGAUUUAGAAGACUUGGUUAAGAAACUGCCAUGGACGGACCCUUUGGAUGUGUGGAGGUUAAAUACAAGCCUUAAGAAAAGAAAAACGAGGCGGAAAAAGGGCAAUCAAACCAAUGCAAAGAAAGAGAAGCAAGAGGAUGAUGGGAGCAGAGAGCAAGCUGUUGAUAAAAAACUGCACGAACCUGUGCAAAAUGUUUUCGAUGCUACUGAUGUCCGAGACCCAGAAAAUACAGAUGAAAUUGUGCAACCAGGUGAUGAUGAACUGUCUGAUUCUAAAGAAGAGUUGACAUCCAAUGGCGAAAGCAAAAAUGAAUCAGGUGACUGCAAGAAGUGUGAAAUGAAAGCUGAGACGCUGAAGUUCCGGGUAACAUGCAACAGAGCUGGUGAUAACCACAGCUUCAAAUCAAAUGAGGCGGCAAGAGAUUUUGGAGGAGCUGUGCAAGAUUUCUUUCAGUGGAAAGCAGACAUGACAAAUUUUGAUGUGGAGGUUCUCCUCAACAUCCACAAUAAUGAAGUGGUAGUGGGGAUUGCCUUAACAGAAGAGAGUCUUCAUAGAAGAAAUAUUACCCAUUUUGGACCCACAACUCUUCGAUCCACUCUAGCUUAUGGUAUGCUCAGGCUUUGUGAUCUUCAGCCAGCAGACAUAAUAAUUGAUCCAAUGUGUGGUACAGGUGCUAUACCAAUAGAGGGGGCUACUGAAUGGCCUAACUGCUACCAUAUGGCUGGGGAUAACAAUCCACAGGCUGUGAAGAGAACAGCAAAUAAUAUCGCCUCUUUACUGAAGCAAAUUCAAAGUAAAGAAAGCACACCUGCAGGCAAACCUAUAGAUAGUAUUCAGUGGGAUAUCUGUUCUCUACCUCUGAGGACUGGCUCUGUGGAUGUCAUUGUAACAGAUAUGCCAUUUGGAAAGAGGAUAGGGUCUAAGAAAAAGAACUGGGAUCUCUACCCAUCCUGCCUUAUGGAGAUGGGCCGGAUCUGCAGACCAAGGACUGGCAGAGCUGUGCUGCUGACUCAAGAUAGGAAAUGCUUUGCUAAGGCCUUGUCAAAAAUGGGACACCUAUGGCGAAAGUCUCACACCAUCUGGGUGAAUGUUGGGGGACUCCAUGCUGCUGUGUACCUUUUGAAACGCUGUGCAGAAAAAAUUUAGAGACGAGAUGAUACUGGUAACAUCUUGAUUAAUUUACUGACCACACAUGCACUCUUCUACAUUUCUGAGGGCUAUUUGUUUGUUUCCCUGUGAUUCUGAGUCAACCCAUCCUAAUGAUAUCAAAUGGAGUAAAAAAAUAGGAGCAAGUGAGCAAGCCUGCUGGUCCCAAGGAUCAGUUGUGUCAUACCUAACUAGAAGCUCUUGAAGAAGUUUUCAGGGCUUAAAUAGAAAAGUAUAGCCAAUUUAUUAAUGAAACUAGUAACUCUUCAAUGUGCCUGCGAACCUGAGUUACUGUUUCAGUUUGGGUGCAAAUGUAUUUUUUGUAUUCAUAGAGCAAGUUAUCCUGUUUCCUACUAUAGGACAGCUAAUUUAAGAUGAAAAUAUUUUGCCAUUGGAGAAGCACCUCCAUGUUGUUUUAUUUAGUUGCCAAAAAUAGGCAACUAGUUUGUUGCUUCUGUUCAUUAUAUGAUAAGCUGCAUCCCAGAAUCCAUUUGUUCAACAACUUCAGAGCUCAAUAGUGCUGCCUGUUUUCUCACCUGCUACCUCAAUUUAUGCCUCAGUUCACUUGUUUGCUUUGAUCUGCCAUGUAUAUUGCUGAGAAUGUGUUCUAUCAGCCUCAGCAUAUUUCUGUAGUCAUGGUUUUGAUUUGGAAUAAGACUUGAAAAAUGCUGUAAUAGCCUUCCCCGUGUACUACUACUGUUGGUUUUGGGCACGAGAUAGAUUUAGAUGAGCAUAUUUAGUGUGGUUGAAUUUAACCUGAUAAUAUAGCUAGUUAUGUCAUAUCCUAACAAAUAAUAUGCUCAAAAGUUCCCUAACAGUAACCUAUAAUGAUGCUUAUGCACCAUCCACUGACCAAGCUUUAUUACAGCUGUGUUCAAGAGAUGUUGCCAAUGGGUUGUGUCCAUUGUUUAUAUGUGUACUGAAACUGAUUUGUGAAAUUUUGGAGCCUUUUCCUGUGAGCUUGAAAAGAAUACAGGUAGCUAAAAUACUACUCUAAAAUAUAAUGUUGAAUGCACUGUUCUUCAGUCUAGAAAGCAUUUAGGGGGAUGAAACAUAUUAUACAUGCUUGAAAUUUUUAAUUCAGAUUUUGAGCUAAAGGUUUAAGAGGGGAAGAGGAAUUAAGUCUUGUGAGAUAAGAGGUGAGCUACAUGCAGCUGUAAAAGGCUAUGGAUGAAGUUCUUUCAUGAGAAAUAAAGCACCAGCACUGUUCCAAUUACUGUAAAAAGGUAGCUCUUUCUGUGUCAUUAGAACACUUUUGCCCUCCCAGGUUGCCAUUUCUUUCCUAUCUAUGGGGGGUUACUUUGGUGUUUCUCACUGUUGUUGUAGCAUUGAUAUUUGAUGUUAUAAUUUUACCUCUGUGUAAUAAAGUUUUUACCAGAGCAAUUUGCUUUUUGUUCUGCUGUUCACUUGGGUCACAUAAAAGGAGGUUAGUAGUUUCUUUUCAGGAAACUAUAUUUAAUAAUUUCUUAAGCUACAAAGAUUAUCAGUGGAAGUCUAUCAUCUAUUCAUCCAUAUUUAUGACUAGCUCAAGUGAUCCUUGAGUCUAAGGCCCAAGCCUGCAGUAUUUUAAACAUAAUGAUACAAUUGUUGAAACCUCCAGGGGGUGACUCAUAAAACUUUCAAGUUAAAAAUAAAUAAUAACCCUGCUUCUCCCCCCCCCCAAAAAAACUAACUCAAAGUGACAUACAACAAUAAAUUAAUAACACAUACAUUAAAACCAGCAUAAAAAAUCUGAAGCAUUCAUUUUUUAAAGGCAGAAUUUAAAACAUCUCAUUAAAAUAUAUUACUGUCAGUUCUGGUGAGUGUUCGAAAUUCCCCAGGCGCGUUUUACGACUGGCGCAAGUCCGAUUGUGCCCACAUGGAGAACUCUGGGUACCAGGUUGGUGACUGAUAUCUACAUGCUGGCCCCUCCAGCUUUCUUAAGCAGGUAAGCAGAAGAGUUUAUUUACUGCAUUAAUAUCCCAACUUUUUCUCCAAAGAGUACAUGGUUCACCCCCCCUUCUCAUUCAGUCCCUACAACAACCCUGUGAGGUAGGUUAAGAGACUGUGACUGACCCAAGGUCACCCCGUGAGCUUCAUGACUAAGCGAGGAUUUGAACCCUGAUCUCAUGGGUCUUAGUCCUACACUAUAACCAAUACACCACACUAGCUUCCUAGAGUACUUCUGCUAUUGGACAGCUAUAUAAAUAUGGGGAAAACAAAAUAUCACUUAGAGAAGGAUCUGAAAUAUUUUCCUUGGAAUUCAGAUUCGUUUUAUUCUGGAUUGUUUUACUUGAUGCUUUAAUAUGUUGUAAACUGCUUUGAGAUUUUUUUUCUUUAUAAUGAAAUUACAGUGGCACCUCGGGUUACAGACGCUUCAGGUUACAGACUCCGCUAACCCAGAAAUAGUACCUCGGAUUAAGAACUUCAGAUGCUUCAGGAUGAGAACAGAAAUCGUGGGGCGGCAGCGGGAGGCCCCAUUAGCUAAAGUGGUACCUCAGGUUAAGAACAGUUUCAGGUUUCAGAACGAAUUAAGUUCUUAACCUGAGGUACCACUGUAAUAAUUAUAACAAACCCCACUGUUGAUAAGCCCCCUGGACAUCCCAUUGUGGCUACUGUAACCUAUGUUUAAGGUGCCAUUUGACAAUUAGCUUAUACAGUGGUACCUCUACUUACGAAUUUAAUGCGUUCCGAACACACAUUUGUAAGUUGAAAAAAAUUGUAAUUCUUAUCCCAUAGGAAUGCAUUGGGAGGAAAAAUUCGUAAGUCGAAGCAACCCUUUCUAAAAAUUCGUAAGUUGAAAAAAUCAUAUCUAAACCGCAUCCAAGAUGGCGGACGGAGCUCCAUUUGUAAGUAGAAAAAUUCGUAAGUAGAGUUAUUUGUAAGUAGAGGUACCACUGUACAGUGGGGGGGGGGUAUUUGAUCCCCUGCUAAAUUUGCCCAUUUGCCCUCUGGCGAAGAAAUGACCACUCCAUAAUUUUAGUGGUAGGUUUAUUGUAGCUGUGAGAGACAGAAUAACAACCGGAAAACACCCAGAAGACCCAGAAAUAUCAGGUAGAUGGAAAUGCCAAUUGAGUGCCCCAUAUUACAGUGGUACUUCAAGUCACAAACGCUUCAGGUUACAAACUCUGCUAACCUGGAAGAGUUACCUCGAGUUGAGAACUUUCCCGCUAGGAUGAGAACGGAAAUCGUGUGCCAGUGACACAGCGGCAGCAAGAGGCCCCAUUAGCGAAAGCAUACCUCUAGUUAGGAACAGUUUCAGGUUAAGAACGGACCUCUGGAACGAAUUAAGUUCGUAACUAGAGGUACCACUGUACUGUAUAGGAAUGCUUCCUUCCCAUGUGCCCCACCCUCAUGCGCCAGACUGGUGCUAGCAUGGUUGGGAGCCAGGCACCUGCUGAUGUCUCAGUUUUCUUUGCAAGGAGGGAGCCUUUCCCCAACAUUUACCUUGUUCUGGCCAAAUCCCUGGAGAGAUGUGAUGACCCUCAGGUACUGGAGCAGAGGGAAGGAAGGUAGGAGUUCUUCUAAAACAUGAUUGGGGAGUCGUAGGAACGCUGUCCCCUGUGGCUGUUGCUGAAGUCACCCUUAUAAAAAGACCAGGUAAGAGGAAGGAAAGAUUUGCAUGGGGCUGGGAGAACACCCUACAAGUUGAGUGUCAACAGAGAACGGAAGAAGAAUCUUCUUGCAUGAGAGCAGAAAAGAGAUGCUCUCGUCUUGAAGUGGGUGGGCCAAGCUUUCUUUGGGAGCAAUGGCAGGGCAGGGGCACUGGGCAGCCAUUCCCCACGUCUGCCAGGUGGAUACCAAGUCCUUCCUCCACAGGGCCACGCUUCAAGAGAAUGGUCUCCGUCGCCAGCACCCAAGCUGAUGGACAAGACUAGAGCGAGAUUCCGUCAUCCGUGGCAUUCCAGUCUUUCUGGAUUGUAAAGGCCUUCCAAGUCGCUGGAGGUAUUCAUACUGCUCAAUCCCUUGCAUGUCCUCCGGGAUGUCACACAUGCUGUCUGAAUGUGCCAGUCCCUGACAAGAGGAGUAGGGCAUCACUGGCGUAGGUUAAAACUCAAUAAAGAAAUUGGAGGAAUUGGUUGCUUUCGAUAUGCCAAAGAUUAAAUAAUAUAUUGUGAUAAAGAUUGUUAAAAAGAA